GUUUACCACGAAAUAAUUCUAGAGACAUAUAUGGAAUAACACCAGAACAAAAGCCCUUUCAUCAAUCAGAAUAUUUCAACUGUGAAAAUCACCGUGAACAUAGUCGAACUAGACCUCGAACAAUAUAUAUAGAAGUUACGUUGAAAUUUUGGCUAAAAAG